AUGUCCAAUCCUGGGGUCGGUGAGAUAUAUAUCAAAGAGAAAGUUGGAAUGCCAUCCUCCGGGCAUAUUACCCCAUCUCGAGACAGCUCUGCGACCCUCGAAAUUACUGAUGCCGAUCUAACGGCGAUACGCGCACGAAUCCAAUUAUACGAGGAAUUAAAGGAAUUAAAGGCUACGGAAGAAAGGCUGAAGGCAAAGCUGAUUGGUGCCAAACGGCCUGGGCGAUGCCGCCGCUCAUCGGAAUCUAGCUCUCACAAGGACGUGGAUCUUUUUGACGAUAUACCGAUCUUCAAGCAGACGUUUUCGCUUCGCCAGCGGGACGCCUGGCUUUUCAUGCUCACGCACACAGAAGAUUCGUACAGCCGUAUCGAAGAUGGAGACGGCUUCACCGGUGACAUUGAGGCUCGUAUUGCAGAGAUGCUGGAGAAUGCUAGACAACGCAAGGACCAAGAUCCCGAAGAUUUCAGUAUCGACCUCGCCUCCUUGGAGAGUAAAAGACCUGCACAAGACGAGGCUGGAAGUGCUCUCUACUUCUAUGGAAAAUUACAAGAGGACCUUCAAUGCAAGCUUAAGACGGUUUUCCGUGAGAUGCUACCGAGGAACCGUCAAGAAAUAGUGCACCAAGCGGCCAUUUUUGGGACCAGCUACAAUCUUGCAAGCGGAGACACGACGAAGCGACUGUUGAGGAUAGCUCAAGUAAGAAUUCGAGGAAAGAUGAUUCCCAAAUUCGACGCGGUCGUGGAGGAUUUCGUGGAAGAAACCGUGGGAGAAACCGUGGGAGAAACCGUGGAGGAGCCCGGAGGGAAAGAGGCGGCGGAAUUCCGGCGCAUCGUGACCAGACAAGAAGAUGAGGAGUGGAUGGGAAACUCCGUGGUCAAGAUGGCAAGGUUUUUAACUGCUUUUGUUGUGGCAGUUGAGCCCAUUUGGUCCCUGAGUGCCCUAGAAGGCAACCGCAAAGAUGGAAGAGCUUCAAAAAGGAAAAGGCACCGAACCAUCGUCUUCACGUAUGCUCCGUCGGCUCGUAUCCUCUGGCUUGUGCCUCCAGACGGUGGUCCUGUUCACUGCAACACCGCGCUAGAGUUUGUAUACUUAAUCACUGCGCUAUCACGCUAUAUGUAA